AUAAGGGUCAGCUUAAAAGCAAUUUCCUCAUCAAGGUGUGUGUCCAGUUGUUGUAGUAAUGCAUGUGUCACUUAAGUCAGGGUCUAUUGAAGACUACAAGUUUGAAACUGGAAGAAAUCUGUUGGUGUGGAGUCGUCUAGACCUCUGGAGCUGAUGCUAGGCUACAUUAGCAGCUACUAGCAUAACACACCUGAUUCUCUGACUGACCUGUUGGUGGUCGAGGUUAAUUGUGUUUCAUGCAAAUGGAAGUUUUUGGGCAUAGACUGUAUAAAAUAAGUGGAUGUAGCCGCAACGUCACCGGUGGGUUUGUGGACUACAGUUUGAAGAAUUGGGUUUAUCGCCAUCUUGUGUUUUGGAGCCAGGCACCAGAAGUGAUGGAUGAGAUGGUGGUGGUAGCUAGCUUGGUUAGCUAGGAGCAUCUGUGAUUUAUGUUAAUGGUGCCUUCCAUUUGACAUGGGAAGUCGGAAUGUCUGAGUUCAAAGUCGUAAAUUUCAAAGGGAACGCCCCCUUAAGUCGGAUUUCCUACUUGGAAAGUCGGAAGAACUGCACUACCCCGACUUUGUGAUGGAAGAUGGCUGCUCUGAGUAUGAGCAGCUGUAGUUUAUACUGUUUUUUAGCACUUCUGUGUACUUGUGUCUCAUAGAAAUUUUCGCACACAAAGUGCUGUCCAAUAGCUGUCUCUGUUGCUGUUGUGUUUAGUACCUGCCACCUGCCAGCCACCGGCCUACAAUCUGGCCUGGAUUGACGCCGGCUUGCUUUUAACACUGGGGCUAAGAUAUAAACAAUGGCCUGUGAACUGUGCGCAGACAGUUUUCUCCUUGAAAAAGCACAAAAGAACAUUGCUGACCUUAAGGAGGAUGUCCGACGGCUCUCUGAUGAACUCCAGCAAAGGAACUCGCUCCUGUCCAGCUUUAAGGCCCGUCUCCCAUUGCUAUCUAACUUCGAUGCUGUCGCCUUCCCUCCAUUGGUGGCUGACAGCGCCCAGACCUCUGGCCAAACAACAAGCAAGCCUCUUCAACCACCAUCCCGCUUUACAACUUCCAUUGCUCGGCGAAAAAUCCUGAAGGAGGUGGUACUACGGCGAUCCAGGGGUUUUCCUCACCCGGAGCUGGGGGGCAGUCGCCCUACCAGGUCUGAUGCUGCUUCCCCGCCGAGUCCGCCGGUCUCCACAAACGGUGUGGACAGCCUGGAUCACACACCCUCCACCUUCUCUGUGUUGCAGACGGUGCUGGUCAGUGCUGGUCAAUGUGACUCUGUGUUUAAAGGUUUCUCGGACUGUCUGCUUCAGUUGGGGGAGAACAUGGCCAACUAUCCCCAGGACCUGGACGACAGGGAGAACCUGCACAAGAUCUGCAGUUACUGGGAUAACUUCCACUCCUGUGCCACGACGGCGCUGGCGGACUGCCAGGAGGGAGCGACGGACCUCUGGGAGAAACUGAAAAAGGAGUCCCGCAGCCUGGAUUUCCGUGGGAGUUUGUUUGAACUCUGUGGCGGCGGCAACGCAGCCCCCAGAUCAGCCGACGCCAGGGGCCUCGCCUUGGUCCUAACCACACUGCCCACCAUACUGACUUGGCUGGCGUUUUAACAGAAACGAGGAAAAACAUAAAACAAAACACAAAGUGAAAAGAAGAAAAAAAAAAAAAAGGGAAAAUACAAAUGAAAAAAGAAAAUAGAAAAAGAGCGAUAACUUCUCCUCGAUACUGAAAAAACAACUUCAAAAGGACCGAGUUUGAAUUCAUCACCAGAAAACGACACCCCAAAUGGAUUUUUACUACAUCACUGUACGGCGGCCUGGCUUGCCGUCCUGGGACAUCUGCAGGCCAUCCUCCUGGAGUGCUCAUCCAAUCACACACUGACCUGACCCUGAGGUCGAUAACAUGAAAUAUUCAACACGCCGUCGAGCUGAAACGAUGACAGUGAUGAAAAUUUGAUGGAUCCUUGCCCGCUUACAAUCGUGGAAUUACACAGUAUUAAAGUCAACUAUGAAUUAUUAAUGUUUAGUAGGCUAGGCCUAGAUAGCACUAUGUGCCUGCUGGGUGCUGACACAGUAUCAGGCUAUAUAUUAGGGUUCCCAUAUAGCCUAUGGUACAUAUUCAUGUGCAACGCGAGGCAGCGCUUAACACCACAAAAUCAAUAAGACAAGCCGAAGCCUAGAGCCCAGACCAGUCGCCUCAUUUCCAUCACAGACAGUUUUUCCUUUUGUAUUGCGCCAAGUUGACUGUGUUGAGCCCGGUAGGUUUGUUGGACUGAACACUUGAUGCCAAUGUAAUAUUUGUAUUGUUAUUGGCUGUUUGUCUUGCUCAGGCCACGGUUACACCAGCUUUUAUUACAGCGGCAAUUUGCACCAAGUUUAAGUAAUUUGAAUGGAGUCGUCAUAACCGGAAACAUUAGUUUUGUCCUUGAUGAACACUGAUGAUGACAGUAUUGACCUUUGACCCAUGCAGCAUGGCUUGCAGUCAAUCGUGUGCCAGCGGUGGAUUUUACUUUUGAUUGUUGAACUGGCUAGCUUGCUAUGCCGCUAGCUACCACUUAUAAAAUCAACGCCGCGUGAAGAAAUCUCACUCUGCCGUUUUCUGGUGUGACCGUGGCCUUAUUUGUCCCCACCAAGAUCUGAGGUGUAGGAGUGAGAUCGUAAAGCCUGCUUUUCAUUAAAUAACAGUUUAGACUGAUGUUAAAUUGCAUGAUGAAAGUUCAGACAGUCUCAAAACAUUUCAGGAAAUGAGCACAAACUCUGAAAUGUUGAUUCAUCCCACUGACAUAAAGGAAUAUGGAAUAACAGCAAGGAAGUGGACAUAGCUUUAAACUUUUGGUCCCAUAAGUUGUUUCCACCUAGCCAAAAUGUUUCUUGACUUUAUCCAGCAAGGUUUAUGGAUCGGCUGCUGCUGAUUGGACUUCAAUCAUAGCCCAAAUCAGUACCAACAACCCUGGUUAAAUCUGGCAUUUUCACUAAUAUGCAAUGGAUGGCUGUGUGUGUUAAAAUAGAUUGGAUUAGCCAGAAAUUCACUUUAAUAACCAAAAAAGAUUUGGUCAGGUUAGUUAACAGUUUAUAUGGUUAAACAGACAAUGUUUGGUUAAACAACUACAAAAGAUUAGGUCAGGUUAGCUAACAGUUUAUAGUCUAAAACAGACAAUAUUUAGGUUAACAAUUAAACCAGAUUAGGUCAGGUUAGCUAACAGUUAAUAGUCUAAAACAGAAAAUAUUUAGGUUAACAAUUAAACCAGAUUAGGUCAGGUUAGCUAACAGUUUAUAGUCUAAAACAGACCAUGUUUGGCUAAACAACUAAAAAAGAUUAGGUCAGGUUAGCUAACAGUUUAUAGUCUAAAACAGACAAUAUUUAGGUUAACAAUUAAACCAGAUUAGGUCAGGUUAGCUAACAGUUUAUAGUCUAAAAAAGGCAACUAAACAAGAUUAAGUCAGGUUAGCUAAGUCUGAAUCAGAAAACAACUAAACAAGAUUGGGUCAUGUUAGCUAACAGUUUAUAGUCUAAAACAGAAAACUAAACAAGAUUAGGUCAGUUUAGCUAACAGUUUAUAGUCUAAAACAGACAACUAAACAAGAUUAGGUCAGGUUAGCUAACAGUUUAUAGUCUAAUACAGACAACUAAACAAGAUUAGGUCAGGUUAGCUAACAGUUUAUAGUCUAAAACAGACAACUAAACAAGAUUAGGUCAGGUUAGCUAACAGUUUAUAGUCUAAAACAGACAACUAAACAAGAUUAGGUCAGGUUAGCUAACAGUUUAUAGUCUAAAACAGACAACUAAACAAGAUUAGGUCAGGUUAGCUAACAGUUUAUAGUC